AUGGAGGGUAAUUGGAAGAAUCUGUGGAAUAUUUCCGCUCCUUCUAGAGCUAAGCAUCUGUUAUGGAGAGUUUGUAGGGGCUGCCUCCCGACUCGCACCAAGUUGCAACAACAUCAUGUUCUUUGUCCAUCUAUUUGUCCGUGGUGUGAGUUGGAAGAAAAGGAUGAGUGGCACAUUUUUUUCGGCUGCGUUUCUACUUUUCAGAGUUGGCGGGCAGCAGGUUUGUCUUCUAUAAUUGACUCUCGUAUACACUCUUUUCAUGAUGCUAAGUCAAUUAUUUUUGACGUCUGUAGUCGGGAGGACCGUAUAAAUGCAGGUAGAUUUGCGGUCAUGCUUGAGGUUCUUUGGAAGAGAAGGAAUGAUGUAGUUUGGAAAGAUAGUCGAGAAGAUGCCAUUCGAAUUGGUUUACAAGCGUAUUAUAAUUGGUAUGAUUGGUUCGAAGCUAGAAAGGAACCUUCGGAGUGCAAUACUAAUAAUGUUUCCGCGGUUUGGAGUCUGCCAAUGGUACAUCAGGUGACAUGCAAUGUUGAUGCGGGUUUUAAUAAUGUUCGUGGUACUACUAAUAGAGGUUGGUGCUUUAGGGAUCAUUUGGGGAGAUUUAUCAGAGCAGGUAUUUCGUGGGAUGUAGGUCUGCUUUCGGUCUUUGAAGCUGAAGCCAUUGCUUUGAAGGAAGCAAUCCAACAUCCUAUCUCCUCCCAAUUUUCUCAUGUUGUAUUUGAAAGUGAUUGUCAAGUUGUUGUCAAUUCUGUCCAAGCUAAACAUGUCGGCUCCUCUGAAUUUAGUUUUAUCAUUAGAUCUAUUCAAGAUAUGUUAUGUUUAUUUCUGAACUUUGAGCUUGAGAUGUUAUUGUUGACAGUAUAUUUACAGUAA